CCACGCUCACCAACCCAAACCGACGCGUAGUCGACGAGUUCGAUCGAUUGCCCGACCGUAUCCGUACAAUUGCUGACGCAACCAAACCAUCACAAGGUUAAAUACAGUAAAAGAAAAAAUAAAGAAAUUCUCUUCUUCUUGUAGUAGAAGAAGAUGAUGCCAUUGGAGUUCUUGGCCAUUGUAUAAACAGGGCUAAGCUAGGAGAAGGAGCCCCACACUUGUCUACUUGCAAGGUGGACACCAUUGGGGUUGGGUUGGGUUGGGGGUUGCUUGGUUGCUUGCAUUGCUUAGUUUUCAUCAGUAUAAAUAUUCUGCUGCCCUGUCCCUUAGUUGUACCCUGUCUUUUUCUUCCUCCUCAUACCCUUUCUUCUUAGCUCUUCCUCCCAUUCCUUCUUCGAUUCAUUCCUGUCUCCAAUUGGAGGUCACAAUUGCAGCUUGCAGCUAGCUCAAAUUUCCAUUUUUUGUUUGGUUGUCUCUCGGCAGCAAAGCAGAUAUAGAGCAGAGGAAAGCUAAGCUAAAUUAGUUAGUUAGAUUACUAGUCUCUGGCAGCUGGGUGAUCUUAAUUUGAUCAAAGAAGAAGAAGAAGAAGCAAGUUUUUUUAGCUCCUGAGUAUAUUAUAGGAUUAACUACUACUAGGAUAGUACUCCUAUAUGAGAAGAAGAUGAUGCGCGGGAAGGAUCAGAAAUUUCCGGCGAUGAAGAAGGAGACGGCGGCGGUGGCGAAGGAGGAGGUGUGGGAGGUGCGGCCCGGCGGCAUGCUGGUGCAGAAGCGGAGCCCGGAGUCGGAGCCACCGCCGGGCGGCGCGCCGGUGCCGACGAUCCGGGUGAAGGUGAAGUACAACGGGGUGUACCACGAGAUCUACAUCAACUCGCAGGCGUCCUUCGGCGAGCUGAAGAAGCUCCUGUCGGAGAAGACGGGGCUCCACCCCGACGACCAGAAGGUGGUGUACAGGGACAAGGAGAGGGACUCCAAGGCGUUCCUCGACAUCGCCGGCGUCAAGGACCGCUCCAAGAUGCUCCUCCUCGAGGACCCCACCGCCCAGGCCAAGCGCCUCCUCGAGGAGCGCCGCCAUUGCAAGGCUGAGCGCGCCGCCAAGUCCGUCUCCCGCGUCGCCCUCGACGUCGACAAGCUCGCCUCCAAGGUGUCGGCGCUGGAGGCGAUCGUGAGCAAGGGCGGGAGGGUGGUUGACGCCGACGUGGUGGCGCUCACCGAGGCGCUGAUGAAUGAGCUGGUCAAGCUCGACUCCAUCGCCGCCGACGGCGAGGUCAAGGAGCAGCGCCGAGUGCAGGAGAAGCGGGUGCAGAAGUACGUCGAGGCCCUCGACGCCAUCCGUGCCAAGACCAAGAAAGCGGCGGCGGCGCCGCCCAAGGCCCGGCCGCCGCACCUGCCGCCGCGGCCGCCGCCGGCGCAGCAGCAGCAGCGCCGGCAGUUCCAGCCGCCGGCGCCCGCCACGGCGACCGCGCCGGCGCCACAGACCGCGACGGCCAGCUGGGAGUCGUUCGACCUGCUCUCAUCCGUGCCGUCCACGUCGUCGGCCCCGGUGACCACCAUGGCGCCGGCGACCACCACCACCACCUCGCCGUCGCCGAGGUUCGAGUGGGAGCUCUUCUAGACGAUGUGGGGCCCACACUGGCCGCAUGUGUGUACACGUUCAUUGGCCGGUCGGUACCUAUGCCUUUCUUGCAUGUUCAUCUUUGGUCACUCAUGGUGCAUGUCAAUUGUCAUUCUUCCUUUCCUCUCUCUCCCCAAUUCUUUCUUUCUUUCUUUCUUUCUUUUCUGAAUUCUGAGUGUAUAUUGAUCUCUACAAAAAAAGGGGCUAAAAUGUCAAGUGAGUGAGUGAGUGUGAUCCUCAUGAAGAAGACAACAUCAAAACCAUGAGACACUCUGAUGAUCCAUGGUCUGCAAAAAAUAAGUGGUGGCCUUUGAGAUGAUGAUCAAAAAGGAAAUUUUUCAUGACAAUAUAUAUGUACAGUACUGUAUACUACUACUAGUGUACAUCAAUGGUCUCAGCAUAUGUUGCCUGUCUCAUUCAUCUUCUUCUACACUGUAUGUAUGUAUUAUCAUCACUUCCUACAUUGUACAAACAAUGCUGCUACUACUACAUUUCUGGUACUCAUAUUCAGUAGAA